UUACAAGUAUAUGACAUCUACAUCAUAAGAAGGGUGCUUUUGGCUGCUCACGCUCGGGACGUGAACAUCUUUAUCUGGACCUCGCGCAAGUCCGUCGGUCAUGGAAAAAAUGAUCGCGUCAUGGUCCAUGGUGAAGGUACACGGGCUGAUGGUCGCAGAUCCAAGAUCUAUGUCCCCCUGUAGAAGAUAGUGGGGUCGCAGGAUGGACGACCCGCGCCGAGCAUCGUGGGGUCUCGAGCAAUGUAGUAGCCGCUCAGGCCGGUUAUCUGGCCCGUCCCACAAUAAAAGCGCCUGAAACG